AUGAACAAUAGUAAUAUUAGCAUCAGCAAUAAUAAUACUAAUAAUAUGGAUAGUAACAAUAGUAAUAUUAUAGAUAACUCAAUACUAUUUUUUAAAUGUUAUAGAAAUAUUGUAAUUAAUAAUAAGAUUUUUUAUUUUUUAUCACUAAUUAAUAGUCUUUCAGCUAAUAUAAUAAUCAAUACCAAAAAUAUAAAAAUAUUCGAUAAAAUUAUAAAUAAUAACUAUAAUAAAAAAAACUUUAUUGACUAUUAUUUGGAAAAAGUUGAAACAAAUAAAAAAGAUAUCGAUCAAGAAAAUUUAGAAACACUUUUAGGGUAUUUUAGAUCUAUAGAACUUAUCAUCCCAUCACCAGAUGACGAAAAUUUAUCAAACAUAAUAAAGAAUCUACCUCCGAAUAUUGAUAGCAUAGAAAUCUUUGAUUUAAAAAUAAUCCCACCAAAUUUUAUUUUUCCAUCCUCAAUUAAAAACCUAACCAUCCAUGGCAAUAUUACAUCAAACUCAAAAACACUCUUUUCAGACUCAUCAAUUACGAGACUAAAAUUCUCAAAAGGAUUAGAACAAAUUGAUUUAUUUGGUAUUCCUAAAUCAUUAACACAUCUAUCCAUGGGUUAUUUUUUUAAUAAAAAACUUACCAAGGGGCUGCUACCACAAACUUUAAAGACUCUCUACCUAUCAAAUUGUUUCAACAAACCCCUAACUGAUGGGGAUAUUCCAGACUCUGUAACCAACUUGUAUUUUGGAGAAAAUUUUAAUCAGUAUUUAAUACCUGGCCAUUUACCUCCAAAACUUUCAACACUACACUUUGGGCUUUGUUUUAAUAAAGAAAUUAAAAAAGAUGUAUUACCCAAUUCAAUAACCAACCUCCAGUUCGACUUAAAUUAUAAAGAAACAAUAGAUUGCAAAUAUUUACCAACAAACUUAAAGCAUUUAAAAAUUGACAUUAGUUGUGGUGGUCUCAUUGGCAACCUACCUAUUGGUUUAGAAACAUUGUAUCUCUAUGAUAGAAACAUCCAAAACUUCAAACUGCCAGAUUCAUUGAAAAUUUUAAAAGUAAAAUCACUCAAACAUUCACCAGAUAGCCAACAUGCAAUAUAUUUCCCAGAAUCUCUAAUCAAAGUUACCCUAUCACCAAGUAUAAAAAUUGAAAAUGACUCAUUUUUAAAAUGUACUCAGUUAAAAAAGAUAAAAGGAAUUUCAAGAAUAGAACAAAUUCAAUGUAUAUUACCAGAAUCAGUUAAAAGUAUAAAGUUUAAUUUCCAAUGUGAACAAGCACUUAAAAACUCUAUUCCAGAUCAAUUUAAAUCAAUUUCUUUUAGCAGAAAUUCAUUAUUCGACCAACCUCUAGAUUUUUUAUCAAAUAACUCGAAACUAAAAAAGAUUAGAAUCAACAACAAAUUUAGUAAUAAUUUAGAUUCACUUUCAAAAUUAAUACAACUCGAAACUCUAACAUUUAGUACCUUUUGCAAACACACUUUUUUAAACCUUCCACCCCAUUUAACAACUCUUUCCCUCAGUCAACAAUUCAGACUCCCCCUAUCUCAAAACCUACUUCCAAAAUCAUUAACAAAACUUGAACUCCGAGAAUAUCCACUUAAAAUACCAAAAGAUGCUUUACCACCAACACUCAAAUAUUUAAAAUUUUCAAACACCAAAAAGAGAGUCGAUGAACCUGUUGAGAACUCAGUAAUACCAGACUCUGUGACAUGUUUAGAAAUUUGCUCAAGCUUUUCUUCCACCCAAUUACCCAAAGAAUGGUUACCUAAAAACAUUAAAACACUUAUUAUCAAAUCAUAUAAAACCAAUCUAUCAAAUGAUUUAUCAACAAUAGACUCUUUAGAAACCAUUUAUAUCAUCAAUACAAAUGAAUUAUUUAAAAAUGUGCAAAAAUAUGACCUUAACCUUUUUUUAAAAAUUAAAGCAUUAAAUAAAAUAAAAUUACAAAGAUUAUUUUAUCAAUUAUAA